GCCCCAGCCCCGGCCCCGGCCCCGGCUCUCCGAGCCUCGGGAUGGAUGAGGACUCCUGUCCGCCGAAGACCCUGCGCCACUCUGCCAAGGCCGACAGCCCUCCUCGCGGCCUCGCCGGCAGCAAAGUGGCCCUCUCGGGCCCCCCUACCUCCAAAUGCAUCACUUACUGGAAAAGGAAAGUCAAGUCUGAGUACAUGCGGCUGCGCCAGCUGAAACGGUUUCAGGCCAACAUGGGUGCAAAGGCCCUGUUUGUGGCCAAUUUGGCGAAGGUGCAGGAAAAAACUCAGCUCCUGAAUGAAGCUUGGAAGGAGCUGCGAGUGCAGCCGGUCCAGCUGAUGAAGCCGAUCAGCGGUCACCCCUUUCUCAAGAAGUGCACCGUGGAGAGUGCUUUCGCCGGCUUUUCCAGCCAGGACAUGCUGAUGAGGUCCCUGAACACGGUGGCCCUGGUGCCCAUCAUGUACUCCUGGUCCCCGCUGCAGCAGAAUUUCAUGGUGGAAGACGAAACGGUCCUGUGCAAUAUCCCUUACAUGGGGGACGAAGUCAAGGAUGAAGAUGAAACCUUCAUCCAAGAGCUGAUCAACAACUACGAUGGGAAAGUGCACGGGGAGGAAGAGAUGAUCCCCGGCUCGGUCCUGAUCAGUGAUGCCGUGUUCCUGGAGCUGGUGGACGCCCUGAACCAGCACUCUGACCAAGAGGAAGAGGAGGAAGAGGAGGAGGGCGGAGGCGCCGAGGCCACUGCCGGGAAGGAGGAGGACGGCAAAGUGGAGCUGCCCAUCACACGCAAGAGGAAGAGACUCGCCAUGGAAGGAAACCAAAAAGGCCCCAGGAAGCAGUUUCCCGACGAUAUGAUCUUCAGUGCUGUUUCUUCCAUGUUCCCCGAGAGCGGGGAGCCAGAUGACAUGAAGGAGAGGUAUCGGGAGCUCACCGAAAUGUCGGACCCCUCCGCCCUGCCCCCGCAGUGCACCCCAAACAUCGACGGCCCCCGGGCCCAGUCUGUGCAGCGUGAGCAGUCCCUGCACUCCUUCCACACCCUCUUCUGCCGGCGCUGCUUCAAGUACGACUGCUUCCUGCACCCCUUUCACGCCACCCCCAACGUAUACAAACGCAGGAACAAGGAAAUCAAGAUCGAGCCAGACCCGUGUGGGCCAGACUGCUUCCUGUGGCUGGAAGGAGCCAAGGAGUACGCAAUGCUGCACAACCCCCGCUCUAAGUGCUCUAGCCGCCGCCGCCGCCGCCCACCGCCCCCAGUCAGUGCCUCCUGCUCCGGCACUUCGGGCUCCGGAGCUCUGGCCUCCGCCGCGGCCGAAGCCAGGGAGGGCGACAGCGACCGGGACACGGGCAACGACUGGGCCUCCAGCUCCUCUGAGGCCAACUCCCGCUGCCAGACCCCCACCAAACAGAAGGCCAGUCCCGCCCCGGCCCCCGCUCAGCUCUGCAUGGCGGAAGCACCCCUGGAGGCCGUGGAGUGGACGGGGGCCGAAGAGUCCCUCUUCCGCGUCUUUCAUGGCACCUACUUCAACAACUUCUGCUCCAUAGCCAGGCUGCUGGGGACUAAGACUUGCAAGCAGGUGUUCCAGUUUGCGGUGAAAGAGUCGCUGAUCCUGAAGCUUCCCACGGCCGAGCUGCUGAGCCCCUCGCAGAAGAAGAAACGGAAGCACAGGCUGUGGGCUGCACACUGCAGGAAGAUUCAGCUUAAAAAAGACAACUCGGCCAGCCAGGUGUACAACUACCAGCCUUGCGACCACCCGGACCGCCCGUGCGACAGCACGUGCCCCUGCGUCAUGACCCAGAAUUUCUGCGAGAAGUUCUGCCAGUGCAACCCCGACUGCCAGAAUCGCUUCCCGGGCUGCCGCUGCAAGACCCAAUGCAACACCAAGCAGUGUCCCUGCUACCUGGCCGUGCGCGAGUGCGACCCGGACCUGUGUCUCACCUGCGGGGCCUCGGAGCACUGGGACUGCAAGGUGGUGACCUGCAAGAACUGCAGCAUCCAGCGGGGCCUCAAAAAGCACCUGCUCCUGGCCCCCUCAGCGGUGGCGGGCUGGGGCACCUUCAUUAAGGAGUCAGUGCAGAGGAACGAGUUCAUCUCCGAGUACUGCGGGGAGCUCAUCUCUCAGGAUGAGGCUGACCGGCGGGGCAAGGUCUACGACAAGUACAUGUCCAGCUUCCUCUUCAACCUCAACAACGACUUUGUGGUCGAUGCCACUCGGAAAGGAAACAAAAUCCGCUUCGCAAACCACUCGGUGAACCCCAACUGCUAUGCCAAGGUGGUGAUGGUGAACGGAGAUCAUCGCAUUGGGAUCUUUGCCAAACGGGCCAUCCAGGCUGGCGAAGAGCUCUUCUUUGACUACAGGUACAGCCAAGCAGACGCCCUCAAGUACGUCGGGAUUGAGCGGGAGACAGAUGUCCUGUAGCGCACACACACACCCCCCGCACCCACCCCUGUGCCCCAGUGCCCCUGCACAGUGCUGUCUGCUUCCAUGCUCACCCUGUUGCUGCUUCCGUCCCGCAGGGUAGCUGAGUCUGGGGGCUAGGGACCGCAGGCCCGGUCCUGGAGCCUGUGCCGUGGGGAGAUCGGGGGCAACGGAAAGGGCGACCCUCUCCCAAGGUCACCCAGCCCUCAUCCGCUGUUGUUUCUCUCGGGGGGGAGGGGAGGCGAGGAUGCAUGGACACUUGGAGGGGCACCGGGAGGGGGGAGAAUCCUAGAAGGAAAAGCCUUCGGCCAAGCUGAGACGAGAGAUGUGGGGGCCGUGCGGGAGCUGAAUCCUGCCGGCCUGCUCUCCUUCGAGGGCAGGACUAUGGGCCCCUGAGCCGAUUCUGGGGACCCGUCCCUGGGGUCAGGCGGCACCUCUGUUUCUCCCUCCGACCCCUUGGGGAAAUCCUGCCCGCACAUUCCUGAAGUCAGAUCAGUCCCGCUCCCAGCCCCCAGCCCCUGCACCCAGCCCCCCUUCACCCAGGCCUCUACUCUGCACCCGUCCGCUCUGCUGCUCAGUCUGCUGUUGUGCUGCUAAGGGUUUUUUGUGUGUAUGUCUGUGCAAGCGCGCAUGUGUGUGAACACACUAGAGGGUGAGGAGGGGGGUACCUCACUCCUCCCAACCCCCCUGCCCCCACCAGCGUGAGUGUCAGCAUUCGGGUGGGCCUGAUGCUCGCGAUGGGCCCCAUCUCGGUCAGGGUG